UUUUCCAAUCCAAUAGUGCUUAAUCCGCCGGGAUCCCUUGUCUGCCGCCGCAACCACAGCCUCCCCCUUAUACGACGACACCCGGCACCCCACAGGACUGAUCGGAACCGUCGGUGCAGACAGGUACACGACCUCUGCCGGAUCAUCUCCGGCGCCACGGAAGCCAAGAUCGUAUCGACGGUACGGUACCAUAAAUCGCAUACUUCUCCAGAACCUUCUUCUCCGAUUUCAGUUCUGAUCUUCGAUCUCAAUCAAGUGUCCGAUUUCAGUUCUGAUUUUCGUCCUCCAUUGAAUCGACGUUCGCCUCACACUUCUUCUCGCUGCGGCUGGAGAACCCGUGGUGUCGUCGAAAUCGAGAGAGGGAAGGAGAGGCUGAGCGGCGCCGAUUUUCACAAUAGUUUCUGCUUGUCCACUUUAAAGAUGAGCAAGGUCGAUGAAGGUGUCUCCUCCGAACUCAAUGAUGAAAACCAACAAAGAAAAGAAAAGGUGUAUUUGAGCAGUCGUUGUGGCGUACAAGAAUUCUCUGGCCUUAUAGAUAGUUUGUCCGACGACAAAAAGCAUGUCAUUGAAGAUAUGGGAUUUGGAGGGCUAUUGCAUUUGAAGAAGCAUAAGUUGAAGUUGAAACUUUGUGAGGAACUUAUGAUGAGGUUUGAUGUGACUACUAGUCAACUAAACGUGCAUGGUAAUCGUUUGACCCUACGUGUUGAUGAUGUUGUCACCAUAUUGGGUUUGCAUGGUGGAGGCAUGAAUGUGGAUACUCAUCUUGGUGAGGGAGAUGAAGUGAGGGUCAGGUUUAAUUUGGGUUAUGGACAAAUUAAAUGUUCAAAUCUAAAAACAGAUAUGAUGAAAGAUCUCACGGUCGGUGAUGAAUUUAGAGGGAAAUUUCUUUUAUAUUCAAUGAGUAGACUUUUGAGACCGUCUACUGCAGUUUAUGUUCCCAAUAAUUAUUUGAGGAUAUUAGGCAAUAUUGAUGACGUGGGAAACUUGAAUUGGGCAAAAUUUGUGUACGAUGGUCUUUUAGAAGGAAUAAAAGACUAUCAAAACAAAUUGGAAGGCACAUCAAGAGAACAAUCUGUGACGGGCUGCAUUUUAUUGCUUGAGAUUUUUUACCUAGAGCACGUAAAUAUGCAUAAUGUGACUCGUCAUUCAAGCUCCUUACCACGCAUACGCCACUGGGAUGACAAGUCAAUUGGGACGAUUGUUAAGAAGGUUUCUAGUUUGGGUGGAGUUGAUAGCAUACAGGUGGAAUUUGGAAGGGAUGGUGCUAGUUGCUUCACAAUUGAGGAUGUUACAGCACAGAUAGUUCAAUUGAGGAAUGAAUUUCAACAAGAAAUGCACUCUACAAAAUCACAAAUAGGUGACUUGAAGAAAGAAAUGUCUGAUUCUAUGUCACAAAUCAUUACAAAAUUGUCCAGCAUUGAAAGCCACUUGGAAGCCAAAGCUGCAAAUAAAACCAUAGAGGAUGAGGCGGUGCAGGUUCGUACAAAAAAAGGCGAGUUGAAUGAUGAUGCUAUUGCACAUGAGAAGACAUGCGAGGGAGUUAGAACGGGUGCAGAUCACACGAUCAGUGAAGAGAAUAUGACUACAAAUGAAGAUUCAACUAAUGUGUAUGAUAAAUUGGAUAACAUGGCUCGUGAUUUCAAGGCAAAAGAAGAUUUUGUGGAGCUUUCUGAUGAUGCAAGCUCACUUCUAAAAGCAUCAACGCCUAAGGGAAACCACCUGGAAAAGCAAGGAAAUAGGAGAUCUGGUGCAAUUUCAUCUCAAAAUGAAAAGAAAAGAAAGGCAAAUCAACAUGAGGAAGAUGAAACAGAUUCAUUUGAGGCACUUAUGGCUGGAGUAGAUCAAAAGAUUCGAUCAAGAGAGGAUUCAAACAUGGGACUUCGAAAGAAAGAAGUACUCAAAGCCGGUCCACAAUUUCAGUUUCCUUAUGUGGCCGACAAACCAGCGGUAAGAGCUUUGGAGUUUGCGUGACGGAGAACAUGUUCAAUCAGGAGUAAUUAAUCUUGUUGUUGCUGGGUUAACACUGGAAUAUCGGGACAAUAAAGAAAGCGAUUAUUGGUUCAUGCCCUGGUCAUUUACCAAUAGCAUUUUAAUGUGGCGUGAACGUCGAACUACUGAGCAGCUAAUUCAAAGAUACAAACGUCACUAUAUGGGAGACAUAGCAACUUGUAAGCAGAUUUAUCUCCCCAUAUGCGAGCAUGAACAUUGGUACUUGGCCAUUGUUAACAUGGAAAUCAAGGAGGUAUAUUUGCUUGAUAGUUAUGCUCUAAAGGACGAUUCUCCCCGUACAGAAAAGAUAAGGCAGAUAUUGUCAGUUUUGGAUGAAAUGUUGCAUCAUGAUAAUUUCGAAGCAAAAAGUGAAGAAACCAUACCAUUAUUGAAAACGUUUGAAGUGAAGUCAAUUCCUGUCUUACAACAACCCAACACUACUGAUUGUGGAGUACAUGUAAUUCAGUAUAUGAGACAUUCUCCCAAAAAAUUUAGCCACAUCAUCUCGCACAUGCAUGGUUUGGCUGCUCGAAAGGAAAUAGUUUCAUGGCUAUUAGUGCAUAAACAAAAUAAAAAGAGUGAAGAUAACGUCUGGGGUGCUAUGGGUAUUGUUCGUCAAGAUCCGGUUUACAUACAAGAAAACAGAGAGGCAAUGCGUGAAAUAAAAGCUUUGGAUAAAAAAUCUGAAGCGAUGCUGAGGAGUGCAAAAUCUUUGAUGAUGUCACGUCGGAUGUGAAACCAUAAUCCCGUUGAGGACUGCAAAAUCUUUACUGAUGAUGUUAGGUGUAUACUAAAAAGGAUGCAGAGGAAAGCUUAAUUAAGCUACUCUUUAUUUUAGUUGAUUUUGGGUGCAGUAGGUUGAUAGUUUGGGCGUUUGGAAUCUUUAUUUUCAGCAAGAUAUAUUGUUGGGUAAGGCCAUCUUCUCUUGAAGAUCCUAUCGAGUGUGCC